AUGACUAAAGAUCACAAGAACAUCCUUUUUAUCGUUGCAGAUGAUCUUGGGAAAUACAUCGGAGCUUACGGUUGUAAAAGCAUCACUACACCCAACCUCGACAAGUUCGCAUCUGAAGGUGUCCGGUUCGAUCUAGCGUUUGCCAGUACAGCUUCUUGCUCUGGAAGUCGAUCGACCAUAUACACAGGACUCCAUACCCAUGAGAACGGUCAAUAUGGUUUGAAUCAAGUCGCCACGCAUUUCCAAACAUUCGAGCAUGUUGAUACUUUACCUCAAUUGUUCAAUAGGGCGGAUUACCUGACUGGUAUCGUUGGAAAGAUCCAUGUCGGGGUAAAGUCUACCUAUCCCUGGACAAUCUUCGAUGAUAUUGAAACCAGAGAUUCUGCCAUGUUCGGAGACCACUGUGAUGCCUUUUUCCAAAAGGCCAUCGAAGCUGACAAGCCUUUCAACCUUUGCGUAGGGUUCCAUGACCCUCAUCGAGAUCAAUCGCGGGGUGGUUUCGCCAAUAAUCACGGUCCAUUCGACCCGAGGGUGAAAGACAUCGAGGUCAGUCCCGAAGAUGUUCAAGUCCCAGACUGGCUCACCGACGUCCCUGAGCUCCGACAAGAGUUAGUCGAAUACUACCGAGCAAUCUAUCGUUUCGAUCAAGGUAUCGGGUUCAUUCUCGACAACCUUGCCAAACGAGGUCUAGUUGAAAGCACCUUGGUGAUCAUCACGAGUGAUAACGGUCCACCUUUCAUCAACUCCAAGACUACCCUAUAUGAUUCCGGUACAUGUCUGCCUUUUAUGGUACGAGAUCCUGCAUUGGUAGCUAAAGGCGUCAAAGGGCUUGUCAAUCCCAACAUGGUCAGCUUCCUCGACAUCUUACCCACGAUGUUGGACUACGCCGGUCUUCCUCUCAACCUUAAAACCAAGGAACUUUCGCCAGACCGACUCGGUCGAUCGAUCCUUCCCAUCUUAUCGAGAUCGGACGUGGUACGAGAAGGGGAAUGGCCUCAUCAUGUAUUCUGCUCUCAUACCUACCAUGAACGAGCCAACUACUGGCCCACUCGAGCCAUCCGUACCCGAAAGUACAAAUAUCACCGAAAUAUCGCCUGGAGGUUGGACUUCCCCUUCGCUACCGAUCUAUAUUCAUCCUUAUCCUUCGAGGGUAUCCGAAAUCUUCAAACUCCUGUCUUCCUCGGAAGUCGAUCCUUGCGAGACUACAUCUUCCGACCUGCCGAACAACUGUUCGAUCUCGAGAAUGAUCCGUUGGAAGUCAACGAUCUAGCUAAAGAUCCUGCCUGUGCGGAAAUCCUCAAAGAUCUACAGAACAGACUGGAGACUUGGCAGAUCAAAACGGAGGAUCUGUGGUUCUACAAGGACGGGCAAUCUGUCAAGGGCUUGGAAGUGUGGUUGGGUACUGACGAGAUGAUGAUGCCGAACAGACACGAUUUCGAUCCCGAUCAACCCAGUCUCAAGGCUCCGGGAGUCAAAUUGAUGAAAGUCAAGGGUGAUCCAAUUGGUAUCAGAGGAGCUACGUUGUAUGGUGGUAAAGGUAGACAAAUUAAGUGA